GCAGAGGUCAUUUCUGUCGUUACAACCUAAUCCGCCAUGUCCGAGCGUAAAGUCCUCAAUAAAUACUUCCCUCCUAAUUUCGAUCCCUCUCAAAUCCCUCGGCAGAAAAAGCCGAAGGAUCUUCAACAUAAAGUACGCUUGAUGGCUCCUUUUUCUAUGCGUUGCGAAAGCUGCGGUGAAUACAUCUACAAAGGCAAGAAGUUCAAUGCACGAAAAGAAACUGUAGAGGGAGAAACAUACCUGACGAUUAAGAUCUUCCGCUUUUACAUCAGAUGCCCACGUUGUUCCGCAGAAAUUACUUUCAAAACCGAUCCGAAAAAUACCGAUUAUGUUGCAGAACAUGGUGCGAGUCGUAAUUUUGAACCAUGGCGUCGCGAUUCCGAGGAAGAAGAAAAACAAGCUGAGGAGGACGAAGAAGCUGCGGAUGAUCCCAUGAAACUUUUGGAAAACAGGACUUUGGACUCUAAACGGGAAAUGGAGAUUUUAGAUGCUCUGGACGAAAUCCGAACUCGCAACGCACGGAGUGAGCGCGUAGAUGUUGAUGCAGUCUUGGAACGAUUUUCAACUGAAGAUAAGAGUCGAAUUCAGAAAUACCUGGACGAUGAAGAAACAGAGAUCGAAGAACAAGCAAUCGCUGCAUUUCAGUCAGCAGAUGGUGAAAGAGUUCGUAAACUCAACAGUGAUUCCGAACCAGAUGCUGUUUCGCUAGUGAAUCGAUCUCAAGCUGCCAAAACUCUACCUUCGUUCCAAACGUUAACAAAGGUUCAGUUAAAGAGAAAGGAUGUGGAACCAAACAAGCUUGGCAUUACGGUGAAACGAAAAAAAGUAGAAACUCAACCUUCAUCAGCUUUAUCUAUGCUAGCUUCCUAUACAGAUAAUGAUGAUGAUGAUGAUUCAUGUAGUGAUUAAAACUAUAGUAACCCAUACGUAUGACGACCCUUUCUCCCCUUGCUAUUUCGCAGCAAG